CCGCUUCUCCCGUUCCUCCUCCCCACCCUUCUCCACUCUCUUGCCCCCACCACCAUGGCCGUGAAGGGGAAGGGCAAGCAGGUGGCCUCCGACACGCCCGGCUCCUCCGGCGCCAAGCGCCGUAGCGGCACCGGCGGCGCGGGUCCCUCCUCCUCCUCUGCCGCUGCCGCGAAGCGCCGCCGCCGCCCUGGUGUCCUCCAGUUCUUCGACGACCAAGCCGGCGUCGACGACGACUGCGAGGACGAAGAGGAGGAGGAGGAGGAGGAGUUCGAUUCGGAGCCCGAGGAUGGCCCGGACCACGGCUUCUUUCGUGAGAAAAAGACAGCGAGUGCUAAUAUGAUGAGAACUGAAAGGUCACACCCUCUUCCAUUCCUUGCACAAGUAAAGGAAGAGGAGCUAAGUGGUGAUGAACUUGAGCAAUUUGUUAAGGACCGUUACUCUAAUCGUGUGAAACAUUCUGGUUAUGGUGGCUCUACCCAAGAAUAUGAUGAUGACUGUACCAUGGAUGAUGCAUUGAAAGAGCCUACUAUUUGGAGGGUCAAAUGCAUGGUUGGGCGUGAACGCCAAAUGGCUUUCUGCUUCAUGCAAAAGUUCAUUGAUCUGAAGAAGUUUGGUACCAAAGUGCCAAUUAUCUCAGCAUUCUCACUCGAUCAUAUGAGAGGAUAUGUUUUUGUUGAAGCAGAGAAGGCCUGUGAUGUUACCGAGGCGUGCAAAGGAUUUUGCAAUGUUUAUGUAAGCCGAACUAGUCCUGUCCCCGCAGCUGAAGUUCCUAGCUUGCUAUCAACUCGUGCAAAACCAUUUGAAGUCUCGCCUGGAACAUGGGUGCGCAUGAAAAGUGGAAAUUAUAAAGGAGAUCUAGCACAGGUUGUUAAUGCAGUUGAUGGACGUAAAAGGGUGCUGGUAAAACUCAUACCAAGAGUUGAUCUCCUAGCUAUUUCGAAAAAAUUCGGUGGCGCAGUUUCCCUCAAAGAUGCCGCAGUUCCUGCACCACGACUAAUCAGCUCACAGGAGCUAGAGUUCUUUGGACCUCAUAUCGAAAGGAGGGCUGAUCGUCAGACUGGUGAUGUUUUUGAAGUGCUUGAUGGUUUGAUGUUCAAAGAUGGUUUCCUGUAUAAGAGAGUCGCGCUUAGUUCUUUGAUUUACUGGGGGAUACAACCAACGGAUACUGAGCUUCUCAAGUUCUCUUCUAGUCCAAGCAUUAAAAGUUCAGCUGACGACAUGGAUUGGCUCUCCAGCAUGUAUGGUCAAAAGAAAAGAAACGUGCCCAGAGAACACGAUAUGAAUGCAUCAUCUUCUAAAGACAAAUGCUCCAAGGCAUCAAAUCUUAAAGGUUCCACUAGUACUGAGAGUUAUGAUGACGACGUAAAUGAUGCAUUCAAUCUUCAUGAUCUUGUACUUUUUGGGCGAAAAGAUUUUGGUGUGAUCAUUGCUGUUGAGAAAGAUGGUUUUAAGAUUUUAAAAGGUGGUCCUGAAGGAUCUGCUGUGACAGUUAGAAAGCAGGAUAUUAAGAAAGGAUGUGUAGACAAAAUGUUUACAGCUGUUGACCAUCAGAAGAAGAUUAUAUCCAUUAAUGACACUGUUAAAGUUCUGGAAGGACCAGCACAGGGUAAGCAAGGAGUUGUUAAACACUUGUACAUGGGGAUACUAUUUAUACAUAAUGAUAGUGAAAGUGAGAACAACGGUUUUUUCUGUGCCCAAUGCGGGUCUUGUGAAAAUAUCAAGAAAAGAAGGGAACUGGCAAGUUCGGAGGACAACCCAAUUUCCAUGUUCUCGGACUCACCUUUCAUGCCAUCUGAGCAAACUGAGCAACGGAACAGUAUGCGUUUCAUGUUUUUAUACGACAGGCCUUACAGGGCCAGAGAACAACUCUUCUCAAUUGGGGAGAUGUUGCGUAUUCGGAAGGGACCUAUGAAGGGCUAUCUCUGCCGUGUAGUUCGAAUAUUUCGAAAUGAUGUAACUGUUAAGCUAGAUUCUCUACUGAAGAUCGUUACAGUGCAAGCAGAAUUUCUCUCAGUCCCAACUAAAAGAGGGGAUAACUCAUCUAGUGCCGCAGCUGGUCCUUUUGGAACUCAGGAUACAUCAUUCUUUGGUUCAGAAGCAGAGAAAACCUCAUGGAACAAUGGAUUGACAUCACUUGGCAGUGAUUCUUGGCAACCUCCUUCAAGUUCGGCGUUUCCAUUUCAGAAUGCAGAUGGAGGAGCAGAAGCUGAUCCCUGGUGUAAGAAAACAUCAUCUUCCGCUGAUGGUGAUUGUGAUCCAUGGUGCAAGAAAACAACAUCUGCAGAUGUUGGAAUAUGGAACAAUAGCACUACACAGAAGGACAGCUCCAGUGACAAUUCAUGGGAUAAACAAGCUGGAGGUGGUGGAUUAGAUGUUGGUGGCAGCUCUUGGGCUGGAGCAGCAGUCAACAAACAGAGUGAAAAGAGUGACAACUGGGGUGAGGCAUGUAAGGCGGUGGACAUGGCAACUGGUGGCAACACAGAUCCUUGGGGCAGCAAGGUCAAAGUAGUUACGGAAGAAGCAGAUGGCUGGGGAAAGUCGUCACUGCCACCAGAGAAAAAGUUGGAGGACGAUGGUCAAGGAUGGGGCCGAUCUUUUGGGACGUCAAACAAAGAGCAAGAAAAAGAGGCAGUUUCAAAAGUUGCAGACAACAGCAGGUCUUGGGAUACUGCUAUUGCUAUUUGUGAUGGUUCGGGUGAUGAUGCCUGGGGGAAGUCAAAAGAGAAUAAUGGUGACGGAGCAGUUGGAUGGAAUAAAGCUAUAACCUCUAACCAAAACAGUGGCUCUGGAGGUUGGGAUACUGCUGCUGCUAACUGGAGUAAGCCAUCUCCUGUGGGUCAAGGACAUGAAGAAGCAUGGGGCAAAGAAAAAGAUUCAGCCGCUAAGUCUGAAGAAAUAAACGACGGUGGUGGGAGCUGGAAAAAAGCUGGAUCAUCAGACCAAGUUGGUGCAGGAGAUUGGGAUAAACCAAAAUUUUCUGGGAAUGCUGGUCCAUCCAGCUGGAAUAAGGGAGAGGCAGUUGGAGGAGAUAAUCAGAAUAGCAACUGGAGCAAACCUGGUGGAAACUUUGAAGGUGGCCGUGGGUUUGGGCGAGGACGUGGUAGAGGCUGGGGCCAAGAAUCUGGGGAUUUAGGUGGCAGAAAUGACCAAGGAAACUUGAAUAGCUCAUGGGGUAAUGACAGUUCUGCAAGGCCCUCUUGGAGGUCUGAUACGCAGGUAAGCAACGAAGGUGGAGAUUCUGGUGGUGGUGGAUACAGGGGGAGGGGAAGAGGAAGGGGCCAAUACGGAGGACGAGGGAGAGGAAGAGACAAUGUUUGGGGAAAUGGAGAUCGAGGUAGUUCUGAGUUUGGAAGGGAAGGGAGCAGUGGUGAUACACUAAACUGGGAAAACAGUCAGCCUUGCAGGGGCAGUGAAGGCACCAAGCCAUGUGAUGAGAAUCAGACUUCCACUUGGAACAGCUCAGAUGAUAAAAAAGCGUCCGGAGGUGAACCAAAUGAUCCUUGGGCGAGCAAGAUGACUACUAAAGGCCAAGAACAACAAUGUGAUGCUUGGUCAAGCAAGAUGACUUCGACUGCAGGUGCCGAGAACAACAAUGAUAGCUGGAACACAAAGGCAAAAGAGCCUUCCUGUAGUGAUGGGACAAAUUGGGAGAAUGCUGUAUCUGGUGAAGAACGGCAAGGUGAUCCCUGGGCAAGCAAGACUGAUUGUUCUACUAAAGGCAAAGAACAAGAAACUGAUCCUUGGGCAAGCAAGGUGGCUUCUACUGCAGGUGCUGAUAAUAAUAAAAAUGGCUGGAACACAAAGGAAAAGGGCAAUUCGACUAGUUCUGGAGCUGGGGAAAAGGAGGACACUUGGAAUAUUAAAGGGGGCAAUGGGAAUGGUGGGGGUUGGAACAAUACUGGUUCUUCGGCUGCUUGGAGCAAACCAAGCUCUACAAGUGGAGAUCAGGAACCUGCUUGGAGCAAGCCAACGUAUGGUGAUGAUGAUACUGGAUAUGGCAGGGGCGGAUUUGGACGUGGGAAUCGAGGCAGAGGGAGAGGAAGGUUUGGUGAUGGUGGAUCUUCAUGGAAUGGAGGAAGUAACUUAAAUGACGAAUCAGGUGGAGAAAGGUCUGAAGAUCGCUGGAACAGGAGGGAUUCUGAUGGUGGCAGAGGAAGAGGCAGAGGACGGUUUGGUCGAGGUGAUCGCCAUCAAGAUAACUUUGGGUCAGGAGAUGGUGAUGGUGGUAGCUGGAGCUCUGGCAGAGGAAACAGAGGCCGAGGUGGUGGUUACAGAAACUGGAAUGACAACAAUGAGGGAAGGUCCUUCAGUCAAGGUCGAGGCGGUGGCUGGUCUCAGUCUUCUGACUGGAAUGCCGGUAAAAAGGAAAGCACUGAAGGAGAUCAAGAUUUCUCAAAGGGCAAGUCAAGCUGGGGUGGUGACAAAAAUGAUAGCUGGGGAGGGCCAAAACAGUCUGGUGGAGAUGAUCAGGCUGGAAAGAGCGAUGGGAGUAACGCCUGGAAUCAGAACAAACCAUCUUUGGGUGAUGGAUCCUCUGUCCUGGGUCAGUGGGGUGGUCCUUCUGGGGACACUACGACUUCUAGAGGAGGAUCUGUAGGCGGGGGAGGAUCUUGCGGUAAUAGUGAAAAUCAAGCUUUCUCGAAAGGCAAGUCCAACUGGGGGAGUGACAAAAAUGAUUGCUGGGGAGCGCCAAAACCACAUGGUGGAGAUGAUCAGGCAGGAAAGAAUGAUGGAAAUAACUCCUGGAACCAAACCAAACCAUCUCUGGGUGAUGGACCUUCUAUCCUUGGUCAGUGGGGUGGAGGGGCACCUGUAGGUAGUGGGGUAAAGAGCAAUGAAGAUGGCUGGAAUUCAUCAAAGGGAACUGAAGGUGGAACAAAGAAGGAAGGAUCUUGGGGGAAGCCUGGAGGGAGCGGGAGCGGUUGCGGUAGCCAAGGAGGCGGUGGCAGUUCCUGGGACAAGGGGAAUGCCGGUGGAUGGAACAGCAACAAGGGUGGUGAUACCAGCAAGGGUGGUGGGUGGUAAGUUCGUUCGAGAACCAGCUUGUGCCUGGUUGGCGCAUGUACAAAAGAUUUCCACCUGACGUGAAGUCAGUCUAUGUAUAUUUUCCGCAUCAUGCAGCAAGUCCCAUCUCACGUCACGCUACUCGUUGAACUUAGAACAUGCCCAAUCGCCAGCAGAAUGUUUCCUCGUACUGGUGGUAAUUAAAUUCGCAGAUGGCUUCUGUUGCGAUGUUUUGUGGUGAUGAUGCUCUGAGAUAAAUGCUGUGAUUCUGUGAAUGAAGGACCAUAUGCAGAUAUGCUCUUAACUGUCUA